AUGGCUAGUGAGCAAGCUCAAGAUCAGUUCAGGCUAGUAUCCCCAUCCAUAAGCCACGAAGGAAAAUUACCACGAAAAUACACCGACGAAGGUCAAGGUGCAAAAAAGAAUCUUUCUCCCCCACUAGAAUGGUACAAUGUGCCGGAUGGGACUCAGUCGAUGGCCUUGGUUGUGGAAGAUAUCGAUGCACCGGACCCUAGUGACCCGGUCAAGCCAUGGACAUGUUGGGUGGUGGCUAAUAUACCGCCGACGUUGAAAGGUCUCCCUGAAGGAUUCUCUGGGAAAGAAGAGGAAGUGGGUGGAGAUUAUGCUUGUCUCAAAGAAGGUCAUAAUGAUUAUAAAGUCCCCGGUUGGCGAGGACCUAAGUUGCCUUCUCAUGGUCAUCGUUUCCAAUUCAGGCUAUUUGCUUUGGAUGAGCAGUUGAAGCUUGGUAACAAAGUGACGAAGGAGAAGCUGCUUGAGGACAUUGAAGGACACGUAAUAGGGGAAGCACAAGUGACCACCAUGUUUUAACCCCAAAUCAAGUAAUUUGUCCAAAGUUUAAAACAUGUAUAAGCUAUUACAUUUUUGUAUUUUUUUUUCUUUUUAUAAUGUAUUUUGCUUUAAUUGCCUCCAAACAGGAGAGGUUUCAUAUGUUAGGCUGAUUUUGCACCUUA